GUGAGCCUAUCCCGGCAGUGGCAGCGGCACUACUGUAGGUACUCUUACACACGCCGGGGCAGUCGCUGUUGCCAUGAGCAGGCACUGGUCACAGACGACGCCAAACAGCUGAGUGGGAAAUGACAACAACAAACAUGGUUGGCGAAGUGGACCCGUCAUGCAAUCCCGUAGAUUUAAUGGCGCAGGAUGCCUGCAACCCAAGUGGUAUGUAUGGUGUCGAGAGAGAAACAGACGAUGCUGCUGGGAGCAUUCAGAAUUCAGAACCUAGCAAUCGGCCCACAAAUGACUCAGAUUUUUCUUCAUUUGAUAUUGUUAAAGCAACACAGUAUGGAGCUUUGGAGAGAUGUAAGGAGUUGAUUGAAGGCGGUUAUGAUAUAAAUAAACGAGACAAUGAAAAUGUCACACUCCUACAUUGGGCAUCAAUCAACAACAGAAGAGAUAUUGUGAGAUACUACAUAUCUAAAGGAGCAAUAGUGGAUGCCAUAGGUGGGGAGCUUAUGUCUACACCUCUGCACUGGGCAACAAGACAAGGCCACCUAGGUAUGGUUGUUUUACUUAUGAAAUAUGGGGCUGAUUCAUCUAUGCGUGAUGGUGAAGGCUGCUCCUGCAUACACUUGGCAGCUCAGUUUGGUCAUACAGCUAUUGUUGCUUACCUGGUAGCAAAGGGCGCCAAUGUGAAUCUCAUGGACAAGAAUGGAAUGACGCCUCUCAUGUGGAGUGCAUACAGAGUUACCAGCCUGGAUCCCACAAGACUGCUUCUGACUUUUGGAGCUAGUACUUCUAUGGCAGACCGUUUACAUGGUAACACAGCAUUGCACUGGGCAGUAAUAGCUAAAAAUCACAUGGCAGUCAGUGUAUUAGUUAACCAUGGGGCCAAUGUUGAUAUUGCAAAUUCUCAGGGUGAAUCAGCAUACAGCCUGAUAAUGAAGAGAAAAACACAGUGGUUGGAUAAGAAAGUGCUAGAUAAACUGCAAGAAAUGCAGAAAUCAUCUAGAAAUAUCUGCUAUCGAAUUUCCAGUGAUAAGAGUCUCCGCUACUGGACGAUGAUCAGCACACCAUUUAUUGUGUUUUACAUUGUUGGGCUUGUGUUACAACUGGACAUGCUCUAUCUUCUGAAGAUUGCCCUUUUCAUGACAGUCUAUCUUAUAGUCUAUGGCAUCUCGAGAAUUCUGUUCGAUGAACGCCUGAUGACUGUUAUGCCCAUGGCGGUGUACCUUGCAACAAAGUUCUGGUGUUAUGUGACCUGGAUAUUGUACAUUCAUCCAUACUCAGGCCUUGAAUGCACGGCUCUGUUUCUUAUCUCUUCGCUUAUUCUGUGGUAUAACUUCAUGAGAGCAUGGAGAGGAGAUCCAGGAGUCAUUACAGCUGAUCAGGCACAGAAGUACCAAACCAUAAUUGAACUAGCAGAGAGAGAUGGGUUUGAUCCCCAAUGGUUUUGUUCAACUUGUCUGGUGCGACGUCCAAUUCGUUCAAAACAUUGCUCUGUUUGCAACCGCUGUAUUGCAAAAUUUGACCAUCACUGCCCAUGGGUUGGAAACUGCAUAGGGGCAAACAACCUGAAGUACUUCAUUGGAUACCUGGUAAUGCUGUGUAUGAUGUGCUGCUUUGUCCUCCAGGGCUGCUUCUACUUCUGGAAUGGUGCUUGCAACGUUUACAUUUCCAAACAGGGGCUUUGGUCCAGUCUUGGGUCAAUAGCAACAUGUGAACCCUGGGUGGCAUGGGUUGGUGCCAAUGCCAUUUUGCAUGCUGCUUGGGUCGCAACACUCCUUGGAUGCCAGCUGUACCAGGUCCUGAUUUUGGGUAUGACAACAAAUGAAAGAAUGAACUGUUACCGAUACAAACAUUUCCAGGUUGGGAAGAAGGGUGAAGUGCGAUCACCUUUCCACCGUGGAGUCUGGAAGAACUUCCAAGAUUUACUUAACUGGCAAUGCUUUGGUCUCCUCAAACCAGAUAAAACAGACUGGCUUCACAUAUAUACCCUCUCCGAGUCAGCUGAAGAUAAACAACCACUUCUUUCUCAGUCAGACAUGUAUCAAUAUGUGUAAAUUCUGACAGUCACACUGGAGAGUUAUAAGUGAAAUUUAAACUGAUCUGACAUACUGUCAUUCUGCUUUUUAUAUCCAUCCAUUAUUACAUUUACUAUUUCAUAUCUAGGAAGAAGUUAAAUUACCAUACCCUUAUUCAUUAUCCGUUAUAGGUGUGGUGCAUGAAUGGAUUUUUCUGUUUGUUAACUUUCAGAAACUUUAUAUUUGAAGUAUGAUAGAAGAAAAGUAGAUCUCUUUAGAUGUGUCUGACGAAUUAAUCUUCUGUAUGUAUCUUCUAUUAUCUUGUUUGUACUUCUACCUACAUACCAAACAAAGAUAGUAACAUUGCUAUACAAAUUUUUGUAUUUUGACUUUGAUUGAUAUAAAUAUAUAGUAAAUGUACUAAAUGUAACAUUCCAUAUAGAAUGACAGUUUUCUCUGCCUCUCUAUAACUAACUAUUUACAGAAAAGAAGAGCAGAUAUAGAAGAGUUUCAGCUGUUACCAAGAACAUUGUACCAAAGAUCAGUCAGAAAUUCAAGGUAUUUUAAGGUAUAGUCAACUAGUCACAAAUAUUCCAUUAUUUAUAUAACCCUUGGCCAGUUGUCUCUUUUUAUAUUUGUAAGAUGUUGUGAGGACACCAAAGAUGAGCUCCAGUGUAUUGCAUGCAGUGUGCAGCUUUCAUUCAUGGCUUGUUUGCUCAAUUUGCAUUUUUAUAAUUGUGUGAUUUUAUUUUAUUAUGUAAAGAAUAGAUUGAUGUUAAAUGUGUGAACAAAAGCAACCAGUCAUGAUGGAUGAACUGAUUGAAGGUUGACUGCAAGCGUUUUCAACAGUUGAAUUGAGACAUUGAUUAUUUGUGAUAGGAAGUUGGGAAUAUUGACUAUCAUUUUCUAUACUUUGUUCAUUUUAUGUGAGAGAUACAAAUUAAUAUGUUGUUUUGUAAAGUAGAUGAUGUGCAGCUUCAUACUAAUGGCUGAAAUAAAGUAUGUUCGUAUAUAGUACAGUACAAUCAUAUCAUAUAUUUUGAGUGAUACACAAUCUGUCUGAUAUCCCAUUUUUUAGUGUAGGUAAUGAGCAGUUAUUAGCCAUAACUCCAAACAAGGCAUCUUAUUUUGUAGGACAAUCAUUUGUAUAGACUUCAACAUGUCUUUUUUAUGCCAUUCUUGGAAAUGGUUUAUUUUUAUUGGUAAUUUUAGAUAGCUGUAUAGACUAUACCAGGGCAAGAUAAUGCCUUUUUCCUUGUUUUAUAUAAUGUUAUACAGUAUCUUUAGAGAUUGUAUUAUUUUACAUUUUCAUCUAUUUACAGCAUUUGAAAUACUUUCAUCUUAAUGAAAACAUGAGAAUGUCAGAAAGCCAAGGAGCUAAGUAAAUGUACAGAAUUUUGGGUAUAAUUUUCAAACUGGUAAUGGAUUCCUUUGAUGUCAGGAAAGAAUCCUCCUCAUUUUCAUAGCAAGGUGGCUUUUAAAUGUUGCACAUUCAAUUGAAACAAUAUUUUUCUCUUCCAUUUUAUUAUUCAUUUUGCAUUUAGCCCAUUGGAAUGGUAUUUUAGACUGCUAUUUAAGAGAAGUUCUAUGAGCCGAGUAUCAAAGGUUUAGUGUCCUUAUUGUAUACAACUAUUACUGCAGCUUUUGAGAUUUAUUUGGCUACAAAGGCAUAUGAUUUGAUUAAUAAUUAACAUCUUUCUGAACUGCAACAGUAAAAAGUGGAAAUAUAUAUUCUGUAAAUAACUUGUAUUUUAGAAAUGUCAGUAGAACUGCAAUUUCCAAUCCUGAAAUUUAUCAUGAGGUAAAAGGGAAGAGGUUAUAGCACAAAUUUUUAAUGUAACGAGGCAUUGAUAUUUAUGAAUGUAGUCAUUUUGUAACACAAAGAUAUAACAAUUUUAUGUAAAAGAUAUAUUAUAGCCCAUCUUUAUAUUGUACCAAAGGCAAAUUAUUGUAAAGCUUACUGCAUUUGAUUAUUGAAAACAUUUCCCAUAAUGAAUGAGACGUUCACCGAUUAUUAUCAUUAUUUAUUUUUUUCCAUUUAAUAUUGUUCCUAUAUUGAUUAUGUUUUUAGAAAUGGUAGAAGAGAAUGAACAAAUCCAAAUUUGUAGUCAUACAUCAUCAAUGAGGUGUUCAUUUUGCAAUGAGUCCUUGUCAGUUGUCUUGAACGCUUUAAUGUCAAAGUUAUGAGUCAGUUGAAUUAUGUGUUUGAUAUGAAAAUUGCAGAAUUAGAAGAAUUUUUGCAAUUUAUGGAAAAGUACUUUCAUUCUAGUUUGUUCAUUCAUUGUAAGCAGAAGUUUUUUAUUGUUUUUUUUUUCAGAGAACAAGAGAACUUGAUAGGUACUUUUUUCAGUAGAUUUUACAGAAAGAAAUAUGAAAUAUUAAUAACAAUAAGGAUAUUUGAAAGUUUUUGUUUUGCCUGUUUGGUUUGCCAUUUUCCCUGCAGCCUCAUCAUUGUAGAGAAAAUUACGUCAUUGUAGAGAGAAUUAUAAUUUGAAAAAUAUGAUUCUUUUUCAGUUUAUUUCCAGAUUUAUUAUCCAGCAGUUUCUUACGAAGUUUUCAGUUUAUUCACAUAUUUGUCAUGUAGCAAUUCCUUUAGAAGUUUUCAGUUAAUUUAUUCAACAAGUUUAAAGUAGAUGUAGAACUGCAAAGAACCCUUGCACAAGUUUAUGAUAUAAAUUUAUUGGAGGGUGGAUUGGAGCUGUGGAACAUUCCAAAAACAUGAUUCCAUUUUUAUUCUAGAAAAAUAAAUUGUCACAACUACAAGUGUUUUGUGAAUACAGUAAUUCCCUAUUAUAUUUUUUUGUAAGUAUUGAAAAGUAAUACCUUACAGUAGCUCUUUUUAUUGUGUGGUUAGAUAAAAAGGUUUUAUUGGUUGUGAUUUAGUUUCUGUUUUGUUUAACAGACAUGUAUUAGUCAUCAGUCAUGCAUCAAAAGUGUUUGAACAAAUGUGAUUUAUCAGUGUUAUGUCAUGCACAUCCUUGCUCAUAAUGGCAAGGAUGGUGCCUUUCUUCAAAGGACUUUUAUAGGCAGGUACAGUUUGAAACAGUGUCUAGAAACAGGUAGCUUACACAGUUUCGGCGCCAUUUGCUCAUCAAGAUUGCUUUAAAUCUGUUUCUUUGAUAAGUUGGGGUAUAUUCAAUAACUCAAAUGCAUUUCAUGAAGUGAAAUUUGUCUGUGAUGCACUAUGUUCCUUGAGAGAUAUAAUGGCAAAUAAAUUACUAUGACUUGGUGUAAUAUUUUUAUAUGAGGCAUUUGGCAACAAUGACUAAUGAAACUAUCAGUACAGAUGGACAUGCAGGGAUUAGUGGACCAGUAUUGAAAAGGGCUCCCAUAAUAUUGGAUUUCUGUAUCUUUGUAUUGUUUGAAGAAAAAUUUAGCUUCAUGUUACAGACCUUCAUGUUUUGUUCAGGCUAUAUAUGACUGUGUAAUGGUAUUCAACUGUAAUUGUUCAACAUGAUUUGCUCUCUUCAUAAAAUGCUUUCAUUGUAUUUAGUUGCUAAACAUAUUUGCAUGCAUGAAAGCUGACACACACAGGCUAGAGGAAACUUAAAAUAAUGCAACACAGGAAUUGCCAAUACCCAUACAUAUAUACUUACUACAUGCACAUGUGCUAUCUGUUUCUUCCUUUCUCCCUCUUCCUCUCUCUCCCUUAUACAAAUACACACAUAUUUAGAAAGGAGAAACCAUUAUUAGUAUUACAGUAAUGCAGUUGCACAUGUGGAGUGUUCUGUAAUUGUUUCUAUUUUCAAUGCCUAUACAAUAAAAUUGUGAGAUACUUCAACCUUUUUGUAUAGAAUUUGUUUGCAUUUUGUGUCUAAGCAGCACAACACAACUUAGACACUACAUGGAAUGAAUUAUGUGACUUCUGUCACACAUGUUAACAAAAGGUAAAUAUUUUAUAAUGCAGUUAGUAUUUUUAUAGGGGAUUAUGCAUGAUGGAGGAACAAUUAAUUUUUACAACUUAGGAAUGUUGUGAAAUAUGUAAUAAUACUCUUGUUCAUGUUUAAAUGAUAUCUUAAUGUAAGUAUUCUGCACUUUUCAAGAUAAUGAUGGUCUGAUUUUUAAUAAUAGAAUAAAUGCCCUUCUAAAUGUAGUGUUAUGACCUACCUAGCUGUGCUUUGACUUCAAAGUUGAACCAAAAUGGUGUAUGAUGGUUACAAACAAUAACUUCCAUGUUCUGUAUUGCUUAUGUGUAUGUCAGCUGGUGAUUGUUUGCACAACAAUAUUACCCAUAUAAAUGUAAAUAGUUCUGUGACUCCUCAUAAACUGCAGGUGUUUAAGAUUUUGUACAUAGUCAUUAUUUAUUGCCAAUGCUUCACAUUCUCAUAUCAGUCAUUCAUUUUUAUCAGUACUUUGAUAGACUGUUCUAGUAAUGAACAGCGGAAGCACUGGAUCACACUAUGCAAUGUUUAAGUAUGUUGAUGUGGUAAGAUUAGAUACAGUAAGCUUAAGAUAAUAGUUAUGCAAGGCUUUAUGUACAGGCAAUUUACUCAUACACAGAACCUCCCUUAGCUUAAUGGAGAUAUUAGAAAUAAUAUUAGUAUGAAUAUUGAUCUGUAAAAAUCUAUAAUUAGUUAACAUUUACAGUAUAUCAUUUCAAAAAGUCUAAACCCUAUUAUAUCCCAUAGAGGUAGUGUUAAGAUACAGAAUAAAAAUCUUAACAUGGAAUUGAUAAUACCGAAAAGAUCUGGUCUGUAAGAUUAGUGACUUUCAUGAUUUUCAUUUUGUAAGUGCCUUGACAUGUAUCAGUCUGGAAUGUCCAGAAGAUUCAUAAGUAAUGGAGCAAUUAAAAAUCAAUGCCUUCAUGAUUAUUUAUCAAGUGCUUACGGAUUAUGAUCUUGUCAUAGUUGAUGGUCUUUGUCCCCCAAACUUUAUAUUAGCCAUCGUAUCCUACCUCCACUCCCUCUGCUUUAAGGAAGUGAUCAGUUGCACAAAUGCUUAUAUUUUAUUUGCAGUUUUCACUCUGAAAUCAAUGUCAUAUUUUUCCUCAUGUACAUAGCUAUCAGUCAUUCAUCUUGUAUUGGAACUUUAGGAUAGUCAGUAAACUCACUUAUGAAA